AUGGGUGCCCGCCGCUGCCCGAAGGCGCUCCCCUGGCGGGGGGUCCUGCUGGGGCUGGUGCUGCUGGCCUGCCCAGGGUGCAUUUCUCAGCUGAGGGGAGUUGGGAGCAAAGGACAUUCCUACAAGUUGGAACAUCAGCAUCCCUUCUUGAAAAAGAAACCUGCACACCACCAAACACAAAAGAUGCAUUCUGCUUUCCCGUCCUUAACCAAGAACCGGCAUAAACCGUUGAUCAUUGCCCGGGGGUGCCACGCAGAAGUUGAGGUUUCAGUCCCACCUGAGGUGGAGGUGUUGCUAGGCGAGGAGGCAUCCAUUUCUUGCACGCACACUGUGACAGGAGGAGGAGAUUACCAUCUGGUGGAGUGGUUUAUCAUGGACAAGAAUGGGGAGCAACGCCGUGUGGCCUUGAGCGAGCAGGAUGUCCGGAAGGUGGACGGAAACACUGAAUACACCGAUCGCAUCUUCAUGGACGAUGAUUAUGGUUUGGUCAUCAAAGCCGCCGACGUAAGCGACGAGAGAGCUUUUACCUGUCGCGUGACGACGGGCACUGCAGGGGACAGUGUGGGGACGGCCCAGCUCAAGGUCUAUGACCCUCCUGAAUCCCCAGAGGUCAAAUGGAGCACCAGGACCCUCUCAGUGACUGGAGAGACCGCUUACGAGAUCGCAGUGUGCACCAGCCGGAACGCCAACCCGGUGCCAACCAUCCGCUGGUACAAAGAUGACCACCCUCUGCAAGCCCCUGCAGAACACAAGAAAGACUUGUAUGUGGUGUCCCGGACAGUGAAAGAGGCUUCGGGGCUCCACACCGUCUCCAGCACACUCUACCUGCGCCCGAACAAGACUGACAAAGACUCACACUUCCGCUGCCAGGUCACCUACGCGAUGCCCCGCGGAGAACGUCACAGCCUCGAGUCGGAGAGUUUCCAACUCACGCUGCACUACUUCACAGAGAACGUUCAGUUUAGUUUGGACUCUCCUAAGAUAAUCAAGGAAGGGGAUGACGUGCGGCUGCUUUGCCAAGGAGAUGGAAACCCUCCACCUGAGUAUAUCUUCUCCAAAAUGGAGGUAAUGCUCGCUGCUGUUUACCCCAGGGACUUGGGGGCCAACCCUAGCGGACUCCUGUUCCUUCAGCAAGUGACCAAGGAUGACAGCGGAACAUACCGGUGCCAAGUACUUGAUUUCGACAGCCCUCCUGAGGUGGAUCUGGAGAAGGAGGUGACCAUUGAUGUCAACUAUAUCGAUAUGUUGGUCCUAACCCCUAACAGAACUGUGAAAGUCCCCCUGGGGGGAAGCAUUGAUCUCAACUGCUUUGGUAGUGGUUCCCAGACGCCCAUGUUGUCAUGGAGAAAGGGAAAAGAAGAGGUGGGACACAGCGGGACCUUGACGCUGACUUCUCUAACCUACCGCAUGGCAGGCACGUACACCUGUGAGGCUUCUGUGGCCAGCAUCCCUGGUCUGCACAGGGACCAGUCGGUCCGGGUCAUUGUAGAAGGGAAGCCGGAGCUGGAGCAGCUGCAGUCGACAAGCCAUUACCACAGUUUCGGCCAGAAGGUGAUGUUGACUUGCUCUGCUUUGGGCCACCCAGAACCACGGAUCACCUGGAGCGUACCUGGAGAGCCUUCCACUAACAGCUCGGCCAACAGAGUAACCAGCGCACUGUCGGUGGAGGUGACUCCCGAGCUAGCCGAGGGCGGGGUUAAGUGCUUGGUGGAGAACCAGCAUGGCUCGGAUGAGUGGACAUUCCAGUUGGUGACUGCGUCCCCAACAGUAUCUGCUACAGCGGUUCCAGUGGACGGGAGUGAAAGCCAGGGCGGAAGCACAGUGGCCGUCAUCGCAGUGUGUGUCUGUGUUCUCCUGCUCCUUCUCAUCGUGGGCUUCUUCUACUUCAUGCAGCGCCGUGGCCGGUUGCCGUGCGGCGGGGGUGAAAAGAGAUCUUUGACCCCCAAGGAAGGGAAUCCUGAUGACAACGUGGUGGAGAUGAAGACAGACAAGCGGAACGAGCAGACGGGGUUGCUGAGCCCAGGCGGUGGUGGCGGAGGCGGGACAAAUGAGUGCUGAGAGGGACCCUGGAUUGGGCUUGUUCCAGAGAGACCCCCCACCUCUGCCGCCUGCUCUGCACCACACCAUGGA